AUGGCCUUGAGGAACCACAGUACCAUCACUGAGUUCAUUCUCCUUGGGCUGUCUGCUGACCCCAAGAUUGAGGCUCUAUUCUUCGUGCUCUUCCUGGGUAUUUACUUCCUGACUGUGACGGGGAACCUGAUGAUGCUGCUGGUCAUCAGGGUUGAUUCUCACCUCCACACACCCAUGUACUUCUUCUUGAGUCAACUCUCUUUGAUUGAUCUCUGCUUCUCUUCAGUCACUGUGCCCAAAUUGUUAGAGAACCUACUGUCUCAGAAUAAAACCAUCUCGGUAAGGGGCUGCCUGGCUCAGAUAUUCUUUGUGCUUAUCACAGCAGGGACUGAUGGCUUUCUGCUCUCAGCAAUGGCCUAUGACCGCUAUGCUGCCAUCUGCCACCCUCUGCUCUAUGGCCAGGUGAUGAGUAAAAAGCGGUGCAUGCAGCUUUUGUGGGGCUCAUGGAGUUUGGGUUUUCUGGACGCAUUCAUCAAUGUCCUUCUGGCAGUGAAAAUGGACUUCUGUGAUACCUAUAUCAUCCCACACUAUAGCUGUGAGUUACCCUCUAUCUUUACUCUGUCUUGCUCUGAUGUUUCCACCAACUUCAUUGUCAUGCUCUGCUCCAUUGUUCCACAUGCACUUGUAACUUCCCUUUUAAUAUUUUUCUCCUAUGUCUGCAUUAUCUCCACCAUCCUUAGCAUCACCUCCACCUCUGGCAGAAGCAAAGCCUUCUCCACCUGCUCCUCCCACCUCACUGCAGUGAUCUUGUUCUAUGGGUCAGCUGUUCUUUGCUAUUUCAUAACAACCUCAGGCUCACCCCUGGAGUUGGUCUCCUCUGUGCAGUAUAGUGUGAUCACUCCCAUGCUGAAUCCCCUCAUCUACAGCCUGAAAAACAAAGAGGUAAAAGCAUCUGUGAGAAGAAUACUGAGAAAAUAUUUAUAA